CCUAUGAGCUCUCAUCUAUCAUGGACAGCCAUGGGCUUGAAACAUAUCAUGGUAGCCUUGCGCCACUGUGGUCGAAUUCAAUCUAUCAAACAAGGGAAAUCACUUCACUCUUAUGUAAUCAAACAUGGGUUUUCUCACAAUAUCUUCGUUGCCAACAAUUUGCUCUCGAUGUACGUAGACUUCACCUUUUUAAACGACGCACAGAAACUGUUCGAUGAAAUACCGGACAAGAAUAUUGUUACCUGGACCGCUAUGGUCUCUGCUUAUACAAGUAACAAAAGACCUGACAAAGCUAUCAGAUUAUAUGAGUAUAUGUUAGAGUCUAAAUUAGAAGCGCCAAAUGGGUUUAUGUAUUCUGCGGUUUUAAAAGCAUGUGCUGUGGCAGGAUAUCUUGAACUGGGUAGAUUGAUACAUAAACGAUUUUCUAGAGAGAAUUUAGAGAAUGACACAGUUUUGAUGAAUACCCUUUUGGACAUGUAUGUUAAAUGUGGACGUUUGGGAGAUGCAAGGAAAGUUUUUGAUAAGCUUUUGAGUGCGAAUUCAACCUCUUGGAAUACUAUCAUUUCAGGGUAUUGUAAAGAAGGCUUGAUAGAGGAGGCAAUCAGUUUGUUUCAUCAAAUGCCAGCAAGGAAUGUUGUGUCCUGGAAUAGUAUAAUUGCUGGUUUGGCGGACAGUGGAAGUUUGCAAGCGCUGGAAUUUGUGUGUAUGAUGCAUAAGGAAGGUUUAGACCUUGACGAGUUCACAAUACCCUGUAGUCUAAAAGCAUGCAGUUCUCUUGGUUUGUUAGAUAUGGGGAAACAGAUUCAUUGUCAUGUUAUUAAGUCAGGUUUUGAACAUAGUUGUUUCACUGUUUCGGCAUUAGUUGACAUGUAUUCAAAUUGCAAUGUGUUAAGUGAAGCAGUUAGGCUAUUUGAUCAAUACUUGAGUUGCGAUGCUUUGGCUUCUAACAACUUGGCACUUUGGAAUUCUAUGCUUUCUGGCUAUGCUAUUAAUGAACAGAAUGAAGCAGCUGUGAGUCUCCUUUUACAAAUCCAUAGCUCUGGUCUGUAUAUUGAUUCUUACACUUUUAGUAGUGCUUUGAAGGUCUGCAUCAACUUACUUAACUUGAGACUUGGGCUUCAAGUGCAUGGUUUGAUAGUCACUAGUGGGUAUCAGUUAGAUUAUGUUGUAGGAAGCAUUCUCAUAGAUCUCUAUGCAAAACUGGGAAAUGUAAAAAAUGCGUUGGGUCUGUUUCACAAGCUUCCAAAGAAAGAUAUUGUAGCUUGGUCUGGUUUGAUAAUGGGGUGUGCUAAAGUGGGAUUGAACUCAUUAGCAUUUUCACUGUUCAGAGACAUGGUACGUUCAGAUCUUGAAGUAGACCAGUUUGUUAUUUCAAGUGUUCUAAAGGUUUGUUCAAGUUUGGCAUCUCUUGGAAGUGGCAAGCAGGUUCAUACACUGUGUGUUAAGAGUGGAUUCAACACAGAGGAAGUUACUUUAACGUCUCUUAUUGAUAUGUAUUUAAAGUGUGGUCAAAUUGAGGCUGGUUUAGCAUUGUUUAACUAUAUGCCAGAAAGAGACAUUGUGUCUUGGACUGGGAUCAUUGUAGGGUGUGGGCAGAAUGGAAUACCAAAGGAAGCUAUUACAUUUUUUAAUGAGAUGAUACAAUCAGGAUUGAAGCCAAAUGAGGUCACCUUUCUAGGUGUUCUUUCUGCCUGUAGACAUGCUGGUUUGGUCGGAGAGGCAUGGACCAUAUUUAAGUCCAUGAAAGCUGAUUUUGAAGUGGAACCUCAUUUAGAGCAU